ACGAAAUUCCUACUCCUGAAGUUGCAAUGCAUCAUCCUCAUCUGAAAGAACUCGGAGGAAGCAUUCUACCAAUAGAGGAACGUUGUCAAAUUCUACUCCUAAUUGGAAGGGACCUUAUAGAGGCACACCACGUCCUUGAACAACGCCUAGGACCAUCCCGAACUCCAUUUGCCCAAAAGUUGAGACUUGGUUGGGUCAUAAUUGGAAAUACAUACAUUGACAAGCAAACUGUUCCUAUUAAAGUCAACACAAAGAUAACCAACGUUUCAAUUACGGAAUCAAAACAACGUCUUGCCUCAAGACCGGAAAUAGCCAUCAUCAAGGACAAUAAUCCAAUUGUUGUUCAGGCUAACGACCAAUACGUUCAUUCGAAUGCCAAGCUUGCGAAGUCGUAUUCCGUACAAUUCAUUGAAUGUACAGAACCUAGUUCCAAGCCUGGUAAACGCACAAAUUCCUCUAAAGGGACAGCACUCGUGUCACUAAAAGCAAAAUCUUUGACCUCGAUAGAAAAAUCUAUAAAUAAAGAAAACUUCAUUCCGAAAUCAACAGGACCUGAAGUUCAUGGUGAGGAAAUCAGUAGCAUUCACAAAUAUAUUCCGAUAGAAGGACCUAUUGCCAAUAUCAAUAUGCCUUUGAGCAAGCAACCUCUACUCCGAGGAGGAAGCAGAAUUGCCAAAUCUGACUUGAAUUUUAGUGAAAAGGAACCAGUAGUCUUAUCUGGACAUCAUCAGAAAGUAACACCUUUUCUUGGACAUUACUACAACACAAUCAAACAUAGAGGACCCCACUUCAUAGAUAGAACAACUGGAUCAGCAAGAUGGAACGUUAGGACGAAACGCUUAAUUUCGUCGGAUACUCAAAGAGAUGUGACAUUUCGCCAAACUGGAAUAGGAUCAAGUAUUAGCUCUCGUCAUACCCAUCGGAGGACCCCCUUCAACCGUCGUCGCCGUCUAACAACGUUGGAAAAAACAGUUCCUACUAUCUCAACAGCAACUAUGGAACAUUUUGCGAAUCACAGCAACCGCAUUAGAGAGAUCCUUCUUCAAAGAACAAGAAACUGCGCCGAACCCAGUUUUCCGUGGAAUUAGUCUAUUCUGGAAACUUUAUAGUGAAAUGACGUAAGUUGAGACGUGAUAUUUCUCACACGACCUAUAGUGGUUAUUUCAUCUGUAUAUAUUCAAUUUAUAUUGGGAUUUAUUCAUUUAUCUAGAUCUUAUUCUCAUUCGCAAAUAGUUUAUAGAAUAGUGAUAUCAGAUAGACAUCAGACGGGGAGUAUUCUGUUACACCGUUCCGUAAUUUGUAUAGUUCGUUUGAUUAUAUUCUUAAUCUGUUUAUGUGUUCCAGUCUAGGAGGAUUAUUCAUCUUUAACGUUAAAACAUCGUACCGUCGCUACCUUUCCCUCACUCUCACGUAUCCGUUACAGGAAAACUGCAAGGUCAUUACGAUCACCAGGAACAUUUCGUUGAGACGUCAUCUUGGACACAAUUCGUGGCUAACCACAGACUUUUUACCAUUUGUUAGAUUGGUUUGAGAAUAAAUUAUCAGCACCUGAUAGUCUUGUUGCUUGAGCCCAAUCGUCGGUUAAACUUAAUGGUCAGGCCAUUACAC